GCGCAAAGAUGCCACUGAAAAGCUGUACGGUAGAGACACGGUGCAAGAGAGAAGCUGAUCCAGCAGAAAACAUGUUGGCUUCUUGUAAACAGAGAGAACACCUCUGUGGACCCAGACUGAUGGGAGCAGCGAGGGAGAGAGGUAGGGAUAGACGAGAGAAGGAGAGAGAGAGAGAGCCAAAGAUUGGUAUCACAGGAGAGGGAGGAGGAUAUCGGCAAGGUGAAGGGAGGGAGCUAGAGGACUAACAACACUGAAAGCACUGAUAGGCGCGCCAUGGGCUACAAGAAAGACAUCGAGCGAGGGGAGUGGAAAGCGGGAGAGUCUGAAUAGAGUGCUGCCCGGAAUAGAAGAGAAAGAGGCAGAGAAACGUGACCGAGAGGGAGGGAGAAGAACAGGACAGUGGACUGCAAAUCAAAAGCAACAUGGCCGUGGAGAGAAGAGGUGGUGGCUGUCACACAGUUAAGGCACGAGAAAGUCUUUCUUCAGGAUGACUUGUGAGGUUGGAGGGAAAAUCACCUGUCAUAGUGCCGUCUUUUUGGAGUGUCUCUGCAGCAUUUUGCCUGUCUGUACUGUUUGACCUUCUUUAGUCAGCAAGCAGUGUGAGACUGCGGGGAAAACGAGAGAAGCAUAAAGGGAGUGUCUACGGGUGAAUGCUGAAGUGUAGAGUAGGAGUUGAGGGAGUUAUUGCAUUGCAAGAGGGCCAGUAGUCGUAUACUGCGCCCCUCCUCCAGGAGCACUAGACCUGUUCUUCACUGAAUACCUGAACUGGAAGUUCUAAGAAGCCUGAAAACUGGAAGUCUGGGUCUCCUGCGCAUCAGGACAAAACUGAGGUGAUCUCAAUUUUUGGUGGGACUAUUUGGAAUUUUAAACCUGUAGUCUUUCAGAAUAAUGGAUAUAUCAGGCAACUCCAAAGGGUUUACUACAAGUGGUCCUAGGGUGGGAGACCCUCGGACGGUUGAGGUUAGAAUGGGGGAGAGGGACCCCCCACUGAGGAUGUCACCAUUCCGUAUGCUCCGUGUACUUGACUCAUGCCGUCCUCCCGGAAGCCGUAUUGGUAUCGUUCAUGAGAAUGUGAAAAUGGGUUCAGAUGGAGAGAGCGACCAGGCUUCCGGAACAUCUUCCGAUGAGGUCCAGAGUCCUGUCAGGGUCCGUAUGAGGAACAACCACCAUCGGCGCAUCUCUAAUGAGGACAUAAACAAACGUCUGUCUCUCCCAGCUGAUAUCAGGCUACCGGAGGGCUACUUAGAGAAGUUUGCCAUGAACAGCCCGCCCUUUGACAAGCCCAUGAGCCGCAGGCUACGACGCGCUUCAUUGUCUGAAAUUGGUUUCGGGAAGCUUGAGACGUACAUCAAACUGGACAAACUAGGAGAGGGAACUUAUGCUACAGUUUUUAAGGGGCGAAGUAAGUUAACAGACAACUUGGUGGCUCUGAAAGAGAUCCGACUGGAGCAUGAGGAGGGCGCGCCGUGCACAGCCAUCAGAGAAGUGUCUCUACUGAAAGACUUGAAGCACGCCAAUAUUGUCACUCUCCAUGACAUUAUCCACACUGACAAGUGCCUGACACUCGUGUUUGAGUAUCUGGAGAAAGAUCUUAAGCAGUACAUGGAUGACUGUGGGAGCAUAAUGAGUGUACACAAUGUCAAGAUCUUCUUAUUCCAGCUUUUGCGAGGUCUGGCUUACUGCCACCGAAGGAAGGUCCUCCACAGGGACCUCAAACCCCAGAACCUACUCAUCAAUGAAAAGGGAGAACUGAAACUGGCAGACUUUGGUUUGGCACGGGCCAAGUCUGUCCCCACAAAGACCUACUCAAAUGAAGUAGUGACAUUAUGGUACCGACCUCCAGAUGUGCUUCUGGGCUCCACUGAGUACUCUACGCCCAUAGAUAUGUGGGGUGUGGGCUGCAUCUUUUAUGAAAUGAUCACAGGCAGGCCUCUCUUUCCUGGAUCCACUGUGGAGGACGAACUGCACCUCAUAUUCCGCAUCCUCGGCACCCCCACAGAAGACACUUGGCCUGGCAUCAGCACCAGUGAAGAGUUUAAAACGUAUAAUUUCCCUCGAUACAACGCAGAGCCGCUUGUUAACCACGCACCCAGGAUAGACAACGAUGGGCAUGACUUGCUCUCACUCCUUCUGCAGUUUGAGGCAAAAAAGCGAGUAUCGGCCGAGGAGGCUCUCCGACACGCAUAUUUCAGAACUCUUGGCGAGCAGGUUCAAACGCUGGCUGACACUGCAUCUAUUUUCUCCGUAAAAGGCAUUCAGCUACAGAAAGACCCAGGGAAGAGAUCCUCAGUCUACCCAGAGUCAACGAUGGCCCAUAAGCUAGGCUCUGCACCCUCGCAGUACUUCCAGAGAGAAGCAGCCAAUCCCAGGCCUCAGAGUCACAAUCUCUCCUCUACUUCCACUGGCUGAGUGGUCGCUGCCAUUCUGCUCAGGGGAAAGGCAGGAGGCAGAGUGUGCUGUUUUAGUGGUGGUGGAUAGGCCCAAAUCUGAGGAGGUGACUUGUGGAGCAGUCCUGCCAUUCACCGACCACUCCAUGCACACUGAAGGAGCGACACACUCUCACUUGAAGAAAAACAACACACAUGCAUACACAUAGAAACGAGAACAGAAGUUGGACUGACUGACUCAUAUAUACAAGAAUAAUUCUCUCCCCUGAAGACAGAAAAAAGACAAGAAAUGUGUGUGACCACAGGAGAGGAGAGGAAAGUGGGAGAGUUUAAGAUUCUCCUUGCUGCUAUUACUGUUGCUGUCCAGAAGAGGGCAGUGUUGGGCGUUGUGGGCUGUUGGAACAGAGCUUGAACUACAAACGAACUUCCACACUCUCUUAAGUCUCUUACCCGCUCUGUUGGAUUGUUGCUGUACAUGAAGAGACUGAGCUGUUGUAUCGUCUCAUGAAAUGCCUCAGCCUGAAUCCAAACUCAGAAUACUGAACCUCAUCAUGGCCCUUUUAUGAUCUGCAACACACGCACGCACGCGCACACAGUCGCUCUCAUUCUCUAGCUUCAUGUCUCUUAUGUAUACACACAAACACGACCACUUUAGUUUUACUUGACAGUGAAAUGUGUGUUGUCAGUGGAGUUACAGAGAUGAGUUUUAGCACCUUAUUGUCUGCUAGAGGCCAGGGAAGCUGUUGAUACCUCAUCUGUCACAGUUGGGUUAUUAGAGUGAUCAAUAAUCUCAAAUGAUAUACCAAAAAAGGAUAAAUUAAUCAAACAGGAUAGGAAAGGCUUCACGGUUGAAUUGAGACACUACAGUUAAGGUCACUACAAUCACGGACAGUGUAAAGAACACUCCAGUAAGCAACCUGUAAGGACAAUGAGGUAAAGAAAGUGUAUAAGUCCACACCUGCUUAUCCUUAGAUACCCCUUUGCCUUGACUCACAAUUUAUUGUGUGUGUGAUAUUACAGGCGUUGUUGUUGAACUGUUCUCUUUGCACCUAAUUUUACCUCUUUGGAUCACCAGUAGAUGAUUCAACAUCCCUCAGCCCCUCUCCAAGCCUAGCUUCAUGUGCAUUGUCUAUUUUUACACUUGAUUUUAUUCCUAUUUGUAUAUAAGAUCCUACUUUUUACUUGUCAGAAGCAAUGGUAAUUCCAAGAAUGCUGUUCUCAGUCUUUGCUGUGCUCCCGCUGUAAUAGUUGGCGACUGGCUGGGAACGUGUUGCACAUUCCUUGACCUCAGGACUUAAUUGCUUGUGUUGUUUUUAUUUUUUUGGGUGCUGCGAGGUGGCGGCUGAACUCGUGUGAAAAUCCCUCUAGAGCAGAGUAUGUUGGCCUGAAACCCCUUUGUUUGUAUCAGACUUUUGCGUUCCUCGCUCUGUUAUUUAGACCCCAAUAAGACGUAUCAAGUGUCUCUUUUUGCCAUCUCCAAGCAUAUUUGUGUAUUGGAACAUGUUUUCAGCUGGAAUGUGAAAUAGCUGGAAAAGUCUCACCACCAGAUGAGUGAAAUGUUUGCGUGACACGUGAGCUAAUGAUCUUCCCAACAAACGCCACAUUGACCCCCCCCCCCAAAUGAUGUAAAUAAAAAUAUGGUUCAACAACAACUCGAUGUGAUCCUUUGGGACCAGAUGACAACUUGCAGUAAUAGCUGUGCACUCGUCUGUAGAAAAAGGUCACCGAGUAAUUAGCAGGACUUGACACAAUGUUGUUUUGUGCAAUUUCAAGCUGCCAGAAACCUCCAAGCACACAGCUGUUUCACACACCAGUAAACCAACACUUCAACAUGUACUGUAUCAGUGAGAUGGGUUAUGGGUAGAGAGUGGUGUUUCUCAGACCCUGACCUAGGACCCCUUUGACUUCGACUUAGAUGCAAUCCUUGGUCUGUGCCUGUCAGAACUUCUCCUCUACCCAGUGUGUGGCAGUAUGUAGCAUGUACAUAGAUGAUUGCUCACUUUGUGUGUGUAUAUAUAGAGAAGUGUAUACAUUUGAUACAGGUAUUCACAUUCUGUCCUUUUUCUGUUUCUUUAAUGAAAGUCAUAGCAAUAUUUCUGUAAUCAAUAAAAAGCCAAGGUAAUAGGGUACGAUGAUUUGACUUGUGCUUAUGUAGAGAGGAGACUGUGAACGAUUAAACUGUGAGACUUGAUGAAAGCGACAGGGAUGUUUUUUUUUUUUUUUUCCUUUGAUGUUUUUGCUGUUUGACAUGCAAAUGUGUUCAAGUUUAGGAAGGGUGGCAAAGACAACCCAGAUUAUUUUGGGUGUUUUUCCGAAAGCCAUAAUGGUAGUAAUAAAGUGAUGGAGGUCUUGUUGUGCAGAGUGAUUACUCGAGGAGCAAAGGAGAUGUGUACACCCAGUUAAAAAUAAAAGUUGUCUCUGACACUCA